AUGGCUCAUAGUCAACGCCUUCGACACUUAGAGGUGAACCUCGACUCAUCUUGGAAUAAUAACACAGGGACGCUGUUGGAUGCACUGCCAACUUCAGCUUCGAAGCUUCAGACCCUUCGUAUUGUGAACUCCUCAUAUUCAUAUGAAGUCCUCCGCAUGCCCGAAGCCGCCUUCCAAGAAGUUGAAUGCCUGCAACUGCUCGAUUUACGUGGAGUUCAGCCAAGUUGGAGAUCCAAGUUGUUCGGCCAGAAUAUUACGUCCUUAACAAUCCAUGGCAGCUCCAACUCCAAUGGUCGCCAAGAUGAAGGGCUAAGACCCUCAGCCCUUGACUUUGUUGGAGCACUCCGACGUCUGACAAGAUUGGCGGCCCUCUCCCUUCAGAGGACAGCACCGCGGAAUGCAAAUCCUGAAACAGUCGGUGUCGCGAACCUCCCGACAUCUUUAUGCACAGUCGAGCUCGUUGACACCCCCGUCAAUAUCGCAAACGCCCUCCGGCUCAUGGCUGUUCCCCCAACCACCCCCGUGUCACUGCAAGCACAACACUAUUCAGGACCAGAGGACAUAUCUGUUCUGUUCGUGUGCUUGGGAGAAUAUUACUCUCCUUCAACUUGGGUGUUGGGUGGGUCAUCGUUCUUUCGAGCUGUUGAGAUGGCAUGCUCAGGAAAUUGCAACUCAAAACUGCGGGCAUGGGUAGACGAGCCCGGAGACUUUCCUGUGGGCGUUGAAAACCCCCCCGCGCUUUCACUCAUCGUCUGCAUGCGAAACCAAUCCGUCAGAUCUCACCAAGAGAUCGCGAAGCAGUUCUUCGCGGCGACUUUCCAGUAUCUGCCAAUUCAAAAUGUAGUGAAGUUCCACUGUGGCAAUGUCCAGGCCCCUAUCCCUCAACUAGUCCGAGCAUUUGGAACCCUCUCGCAGUUGCGGACCAUGAUCAUUGACGAUGCAAGCGGUGCUCGCUCCAUAGUCAAUUUAUUGAAGCAGAAGAAAGGCUUCCUUCAUGGAGUCCCCCUUCCAGGACUGGAGUGCCUGUCACUUCGUUCCAUCAAGAUUGAGAACAAUGACGAGCGGUCGAAACAACAGUCCCUCUCUUUUGAAAGUCUGCUGGACUGCCUCACAGAUAGAAAAACGCGGAAAACGACGCUGUCGCUAUUGGAUACGAGAGGUUGCACCAUAAGUGAACGGAUGUUGAACAAACUCAGCCGAGUUGUUGGGAAAUUGAACUGA